AUACGAAUCCAUCAUCCGCCACGUGGACUGUGAUGCGUCGCAAAUGCUUGUGUCUGCUCGUUUAACACAGCACUUUUAUUUGCCUGAGGAGCAUAAAAUCUGCAUGACUGACCGAAGGGCCGUUAUUUCUGCGUAGUAUCACCCCCCGAAAGAUGACAGACUUCAAUGAGGCGGAGGCCAAGCUUGAGGCCCUCUUGGACGUCAUCAACUCCUCUGCACGUCAAGCAAUCGCAGAAUACAAGAAGACCGGACAUGGGGUCCCCAGUGCCGACGCAACAACCUUCCACCCCCUCGACCUGACGACAGAUACGCUUGCGCUCAAAAAGUCGAUUAGGCUGCUCGAAGGUGCAUACCACCAAUUGAGCUCAAUACUGGCACCCCCUCAACAUACAGUGAUGAAUUAUGUUUUCAAUUACAACUGGGCGUGCACAAGCGUUGUCUUGCAAGCGCGAAUUGCAGAUGUUCUGGACCGACACCCGGAAGGUCUUAGCGUGGACAAGCUGGCUGAAGCAGUCAACCUCGACAAGACCAAGACUGCACGCGUCCUACGAGCCUUAUCAAUAAUGGGUUGCUUUAAAGAAGUCGAGCGAGACGUCUUUGCAAACACGCGACAAUCCCUUGUACUCAAGUCAUCAAACAACGUUGGGUGCUUUGCAAAACUUCAUUCCCGAGACGUCUCGAAAUACGCCGCAGUACUCUAUGAGACUAUGACCGACGACGAAUUUUCAAGAUCACACGAGACUGACAAAGCGCCCUCGCUAUUUACUUUCAAGAAGGAGGGUAUGAAGGGUAACUAUUGGGACUACAUCAACAAUGACGAUGACAGCCGUGAUGAAUUCCACAGAGCUAUGCUUGGCCUAACCGAGAUGAAUUGUGCUUCCGCAGUGCUGCAUCACUAUCCUUGGGACGAUAUAUCAUCUGUGGUGGAUAUUGGAUCUGGCAUUGGCGCAUUUUCCACUCCUCUGGCGAAAAUGUUCCCUCAUCUCAAAAUCACCAAUCAGGAUAUCCCAGAAGUCAUGAUACAGGCGCAAACUGCAUGGGAGAAGAAUGCUCCUGAGGCACUGCUCGACGGGCGUGUGGACUUCGUGCCAAUCAAUUUUUUGGAGAACGUGCCUGUUGUUGGGAAGGAUGUCUACUAUUUGAGGCACAUCAUUCACAACUGGCGGGACACUGAGGCAACAAUGAUCCUCCGUAACAUUCGCAAGGCAAUGGGACCAAACAGCCGAGUGCUAAUUCAUGAUCCCGUGAUCUUCCACACAUUGCAACAACCUGACAUGGGAACUGACAAAUUGAGUGUAGCCCCUGAACCUAUGUUGCCGAACUUCGGGGCAGGCAGUCAUAGAACGUUUCAAACAGACCUGACUAUGUGGCUUCUUCUAAAUUCCAAGGAGCGAACGUUGGACGAGCUGAAGGUCAUCGGGGCCGCUGCUGGUCUGACACUUACCCAGGUGUAUGAUUUUGUAGAGACAACGGUCAUGGAGUUUAGAAUUGCUCAGGACUGACCCCAAGAAUUCGAAUGAGUGUUUUUAAAGAUGCAGUAA